UGACACAGCAGCUGCGAACAUGUCUCGGCUCCUCGCUCGUUUCUUCGGGGUUACCUCACAACACGCGGCGGCCAGAACCGCGGUGCUGCCGAGGAGGAUCCGUGUCGUCACCCGCGUCGUGUCGACGUCUCACGGCCUGCAGUCUCUCACCCGUUACAAUGAGACCACGGACUGGCAAAAGAAACUCAGCCCAGAAGAGUAUGUAGUCACCAGGGAGAAGGGAACCGAGCUGCCUUUUAGUGGGAUCUACGUCAACCACUAUGAAGAGGGCAUGUACCACUGUGUGUGCUGUGACGCUCCACUCUUCAGCUCCGAGGCUAAAUUUGAUGCUGGAACAGGAUGGCCAGCGUUCAAAGAGGCUCAUGGGACAUGGGGGCGGGAUGAAAGCCACGCUUCUAUAUUUCGACGUCCAGACAACAGCCUCGGUAGUCCUGGGACAGAGGUCCUCUGUAAAAAUUGCGACGCUCACCUGGGUCACGUGUUUGAUGAUGGACCAGAUCCAACAGGCGAACGAUUCUGUAUCAACAGUGUGGCCCUCAAGUUUAAACCCAGGGAAAAUAACAAUCUUGAAAAUAAUGGGCAGAACUGAUGAACUUUACUGUGUGGUUUAAGUGUGUUUAAUACAUAUAGUGUUUUAAUGUUUGUUUUAAAGUUUAUUGUAAAUGUACGUCCUGGGGUUGGACCAUUACCUCCUCCAGACCCCAGUGUCUUAAUAAAGCAUACUCACAACACA